AUGUCUGACCCAUUCGUUAUCGUGCAAGACGACGUAGUGUCGGCGUUUGGCCAGAUAAAGUCGCUGUUUGCAGCAUGGAAGCGGCUGAGCGGCAAGCGGCGCUCGCAGCAGGAGGAAAACGAGUUCCAGUUCACAACCGACGAGCUGUAUAGCACAAUCAGCUCCAUCAGCACAGACCUCGAGGACCUGCAAGAAACCAUCAACGUGGCCCGCGGCUCGCCCGAGGAGUAUGGGCUGACGCCAGCGCAAAUUAAGGACCGACAGGCGUUUCAGCAGGAGCAGCAGAUGAUCAUCAACCAGCAGGACCAGCACCUGGACUCCAUGCUGGACACAGUGCGCAACCUGCACGGGAUUGCUGGUACCAUGAACACAGAGCUCGACGACCAGGCGAUUCUGCUGGACGAGAUGGGCGACCUGGUCGAGCGCACCCAGUCCAAGAUCGAUGUGGCCCGGAAAAAGGUCAACGAGUUCCUGCGGGACAAGAGUAACCGCUCGCUGCGUGCCAUUCUCAUACUGUUCCUGGUGAUCCUCGUCUUGCUGGUGCUGAUCAUCUUUACAUAG